AUGCCUACCGUUACAGUUAAUAAACAGCAAUUGUACGACCUUUUGGGUAAAAACUACUCGAACAAUGAGUUUGACGAACUCUGUUUCCAGUUUGGUGUUGAAUUGGACGAAGACACCACUGAAGAAGCUUUGAAGAACGGUGAAGAACCUGAAUUCAAAAUAGAUAUUGGUGCCAACCGUUACGAUCUUUUAUGCAUUGAGGGGAUUGCCCAAUCUUUGAACGAAUAUUUGGGUAGAUGCGAAACUCCUAAGUACACACUUACCGCACCAACUACGGAGUUGUACGUUGACCCAUCCACCGAGCAGGUCAGACCAUACGCGGCAGCAGCCAUUUUGAGAGAUAUUCACUUUGACGAAAAAUCCUAUGCCUCGUUCAUUGCGCUGCAGGAUAAGUUGCACUCUAAUAUAUGUAGAAAUAGAAGCUUGGUCGCUAUGGGUACCCAUGAUUUAGACUCCAUCAAAGGACCGUUCCAUUAUCGUGGUGUUACUCCAAAAGACAUCAAAUUUACUCCACUAAACCAAACUCAGGAAUUCACUGGUGACAAGCUGAUUGAGUUUUACAAGACUCCAGAACAAAAGAACAACAUUGGCCGUUUUGUUCAUAUUAUUGAGGACUCCCCUGUUUACCCAGUCAUCUAUGAUUAUGAAGAUAAUGUUUGUUCCUUGCCACCGCUGAUUAAUUCGGAGCGUUCAAAAAUUAGUAUGGACACGCGCAAUGUUUUCAUUGAGCUUACUGCCACUGACAAAACCAAGCUAGAAAUUGUGCUAAACCAACUGGUUGCUAUGUUUUCCCGCUACUCUUCCAAGCAAUUCUCUAUUGAGCCAGUCAAGAUUGUGUCAGAACACAACGGUCAAUCAAGAUUAACUCCAAACCUAGACGACAGAACAAUGGACGUUUCAAUGAAGUACAUCAACUCCGCUUUAGGUUUACAACUAUCUGCUGAUGAAAUCAUCAAAUACAUCAAGAAACUUUCUUUGCACGGCACUCAGUCCAGCACAGACAGUGAUAUUUUGACCGUUUCGAUCCCAAUUACCAGACCAGAUAUUCUUCAUCCUUGUGAUAUUAUGGAAGAUGCUGCGAUCGGUUACGGUUACGACAACUUACCAAAGGGUGAGAAGUUAUCCAACGCCAAUUUCAUAGCGUCUGCUCUACCAAUCAACAAAGUAGCUGAUGUUUUUAGAAUAGCGUCAUCGCAGGCUUCGUGGUUGGAGGUCAUGGCCCUGACUUUAUGUUCACACGACGAAAACUUCAGCUUCCUGAGAACCAAAGAUGAUGGAUCCAAGGUUGUCAAGUUAGCCAAUCCAAAAACUUUGGAAUAUCAAGUUGUCAGAACCACUUUGUUGCCAGGGUUGCUUAAGACUGUCAAGGAAAACAGAAAACACUCUUUGCCAAUCAAGGUUUUUGAAUGUGGCGAUGUCGUUUUCAAGAAUCUUGCGUUGGAGAGAAAGUCCUACAACGAACGCCAUUGGGGUGCUAUCUACGUUGGGAAAAACUCAGGUUUUGAAGUUAUUCAAGGUUUAUUGGGCAAGAUAAUGCAAACUUUCAGAACCCAAUGGAUUGCGGACUAUGGUGCUGAAUCCACGGGUAGAGGCUACUGGAUCGAACAGGAUGACUCUUUGACAACUUACUUUGAAGGCAGAGGAGCAAGAGUUUUGUUCAGAUCUAAGGAAGGUUCAGAGCCUCAAGUGAUCGGACAUUUGGGUGUUCUGCACCCUGAGGUUAUGAAGAACUUCGACAUUUUGCACGCAGCAUCAUACGUUGAGUUGAAUGCAGAAGUGUUCUUGUAA